UUGUAACUUAAAAUUGUAAAUAUAAAUCGUGUGAUGACUUGCAAUUCAAACUAGCAAUUGAUAUGAGCUACUGCAUAGUUUAACGUAGAUACUGUUUUUUGUACUAUGCAUACUGAAAUGUCUCACUUUGAAACUACAAACUUGCACUGCUUUGUAGCACCAGGUUCUAUUCAAAUCGCAUUAGAGGGUAUAUCAACAUCACUAUAAGUACACAACAUCAGGUAAAUUAAAAAAAAAUUUAAAUGAAUUAAAAGAUUAGAUCAUAAAUUACAAAGAAGUUGUCACUGGGGCCCUUUUCCAUAUGUUUGGGUGCUAAUAUCACCGCUGCAGAGAAGCACAAACCAAAGGGAGCUUUAGCAGCACCAGGAUAUAUAUAUGCUGCACAAUCACUACUGCAUAGUUUAAGAGGCCUUGUUCAGAAAUGGUUGAAAAUUAAAUUAAAAAAUAUAUAAAAAAGGAAAACAAACUUGAAUGUUUUCUCAGUGUUUGAAGCCUAGAUGACAUUUUCCUUAGUCAUCAGGUAUUUUUGUUCUUAAGAGCUGUUUUUAUUGUUUAGGAGCUGUUAAUAUGAAAUUCUGUAGCAUGUGUUCUUGAAAAAUGUGUAAAUAAUAUUUACUAAAUAAAAAAGGGGCAACGUGCAGUUUGUGUAUCGCGCCGGUGUGUUAUUUUAAAAAGGCCUUUUGGUUAUGUCACAUGAAACUUUUGCAGCCCUCAUGCGUCAGUAGGAUCCUGCAGUGCGCAGAGGCGGCAGCAGCUGAACCACAGAGAGAAACCUGCAGCAAAACACAACAUAAAUACACAACUUCUGAGCCAUGGCAGGGCUGGCACCAUUUCUGGUGUUAUGUGCCUAUGUUUUGGGGUUUUACCGUGUGGAAGCAGCACCAGAUGCCCUGAGCUCUCUGAAUUCCUCUUUUUGUCAAAAAAGAUGUAUGUUCUGGUGAUGGUUGAUCCUGAUGCUCCAAGUCGCACAAAACCAACAUCUGCUCACUGGAGGCACUGGCUAGUCGUGAACAUACAGGGAAGUACACUCAAGAAAGGACAUAUGCAUGGGACAACCCUCACUGACUAUCAUCCUCCAACUCCACCACAGAAGUCCGGUUUUCACCGCUACCAGUUCAUGUUGUUUAAGCAGCCGCCAGACACAGCAGUGUCACUCACGGAGCAGGAGAAGUCAGUCCGUGGUAAAUGGGAUCUACAGGCCUUCAUCAAAAGGUUCCAUCUGGGAGCACCUGUGGCCACUCUGCAGUUUCUCACCCAAAACUACAAAGACUGAAGGAUGCUCAGAUACCAAAGAGAUGUCUUGGAAGAAGAAUCUUUCAAUACAAUAAUAUAUUAUGUUUUUCCACUUACUAUGAA